CACGGCAGGGAACGGCACUGCAGUGUAAUAAUGUUACUUGUUUGUGGUACUUCACGGCACUGUUUAAACAGUCCCACGAGAGAACACACGCGUUAGGAAAUGAGAGAUGCCAGCUAGAGCUUGUGAACGCCGUCACUUAGCUGCUGGUGGUCGAACAAGUUAACCGAAUAUCGUGUUAGGUAGUUAGCGUUAAGGACUUUAUCUUAAGUUACUCACCGCAGCAGACUUACAUUGGAGUCUGAAAAAGCCGUCGGUUUGCCUAAAAAGUUCAUGAUUACUCUUUUGGGGACAUCUCCUCUACAGCAGUGAACUUUAUGAUGGUCGACAGCGUGAAAACUUUGAGGGUACUUUUUGACAACGACCAAGGGAAUGGGUACAGUUCUGGAUGUGCCCGCGUUAGUUGGUUUGAUGGACCACGAAGCCAGCCUUGUCCAUUUGGACUUGCUGCAAUCACGACUAAGCUGUUAUUCCACGCUUUCGAGGAAAAUCAGUUAGUCUGCCUGUCAAAAACACUUGUAGAAGCAACAGGUAAUGAUGGCCUCACACUAGAAGCAGGGCACCAUCAGAUACCCUUUGAACUAGAGUUGCCUCAAAGACCCCUUGUUUCCUCUUUCACUGGAAAGUAUGGCUAUGUUUGCUAUUUGGUGAAGGCUAUCCUGCAGAGGCCAUUCCAUCGAGAUCAGCAUGUUUGCAGAGAACUUCCUAUCAUCAGUCAUGUUGAUGUCAAUUCGCCACAACUGGUGUGUCCCAUUUCAGAAAACAGUGAGAAAAUGGUUGGCUUCUGGAUCUUUGCCUCAGGUCCUGUCUCCCUAAAUGUCAACAUUGAAAGAAAAGGUUACUGCAAUGGACAGUCAAUUCUGAUCUAUGCACAGAUUGAAAACUGCUGCUCUCGGUUGGUUCUGCCUAAAGCAGUUAUUUACCAGAUCCAGACCUACAUGGCUUGUGGAAAGAUUAUAAGAUACAAACAGGUGGUUGCCAGUGUGAGAGGCAGUCCUAUCCCUUCUGGCUGCUGUGCCACAUGGAAUGGAAAAAAACUUAAGAUACCUCUGGUCUCUCCCUCCAUCCUUAAUUCAGACAUACUUAGAGUGGAAUACUCUCUAGCAGUCAUAGUUCAGAUACCAGGUGCCAAGAAGCUGAAGGUGGAGCUUCCUGUCAUAAUUGGCACUACCCCUUGCAAUGCCUUUGGGAAUGAAAGCCUUAGCAUGGUCAGUCAGUUCAGUCCAGUCAUGAACUGGCUGGCCCUCUCCCUCCCAGAUCCACCCGAAGCUCCUCCGAACUAUGCUGAUAUUGUGUCAGAAGUGGAGAGGGAACAGCAUGUUUCCACUGUCCCCUGCUCUCAGCAGGCCUCUGAACUGAUAGCUGGGGCAAUGAGCCGACUAUCAACUGUCAAGCACACAUCACUGGGUUUGGUUCCAGCUGUUUUUAGUGAACUUGAAAGUGGAGCUGCAGCCCAGGACAAAGCCAAAGUCUAUAUCCUGCUUUGGAGCAGUGUCAGAAGUGAGUUGUCGUCAUCAAGCUGGAAGCGACUGAAUGGUGCAUCAAUGAGCUUGAAGGUGGGUGAUGAAGACUGAGCCCAGUGGAAAGGGAUACCAAGCCUUAUGUCCACUCCCUCUCAGGCCAGACGUUCUCCCUCAUACUGUGGUGAACAACACACCAGGAGGCUGGGAAGUGGCAAUUGUCCAACUCAAACCCGUCACAGGUGGCUGAGUCAACAUGAGUACUCACUGGUGUCCCCACGGAUCAGUGCAUUGUUUACUUAGGCAAAAUGCAGAACUUUGAUGGUGUACUCGCAAACUUCAACCAGGUAUUCCAAGCAAUUCGGUCCACAAACCUCCGUUUGCCCCCCAAAAAGUGCAAAGGAAACAGACACAGCAAAGGGGAUGCAGUGUGACAGUGGACCAUGCCACAGAACAUUGGUGAUCUGCAGAGCUUCUUGAGUUUGGCUUUAUACUACUGGCAAGACAGGUCUGAGAGUAUUGUUGCAUACUGCAGCCAGCGUUUGUGCAAGCCAGAACACAACUACUGUGUGAUGAGGAGGGACCUGUUGGCCGUGGUGGGGCUACAACCUCCAUAGUGUUCCUUUCAUCCUGCAUGCCGAAUACGCUUUGCUUUGUUUGGCUCAUGUAGUUCACAGAAUCUGAGGAUCAGGUAGCAAGGUGGAUCGUGGCACUGCGGGAAUGCCACUUCACCAUCAGACACUGUGCUGGGCACCUACACGGUAAUGGUGAUGCCCUGUCUUGCUGCGCGUGCACCACUUAAGCGUGCCAGUGCUCCCUCAAGGAGAGAGGCGUGCUGCUGCUGUCGUCGCCCCAGGGACUCCCGGCUCACUGCUGUGAGCUGAAUUCACUACGCCCAGGAGGAGGAUGUAGAGCUCUCUUGGGGACAUGAAUAUCUCAAAGUGGGGCAAAAACAGAGUUUGAUGGACAUGACGCCACACAGACCCACUGCUAUGGUACUUUGCAUAGGCUGGACAGUCUCUGGAUGCACGUCAGGCUGCUGUUGUAUGUGUGGGAAGAACUGGUGCCGGUGCAAUGUUAUGGCAGCUGUUAGUGCCGUGAAGCCUGAGGAGGACUGUGCUGGGCACGGUGCAUGUGCCAGCUGCCAUAGACCAGGAGGUGCCUGCUGAGUAGCAGGCACUCUGUGGCACUGGAGCUGGCCAAGACGAUGAACUAGA